AUGUUCCAAGGCAUUCCCGUGGAUUUGAGUGAUCCUUCUCGUCUGUAUCGCGGUUUCAUCGCAGUGGACAAAAUCCAACAGAGCUCUGGAAGCUACUGCAGGGGAUUUUGCAGUUUUGCUGCUGGAUUCUGCGACUGGGGAAACGAGCAGGGAGAUGAUUUCGACUGGUCCCUUAGUCGUGGAAGCAGAAAUUCAUUCACGGGACCUACUUCAGACAGGUAUCCAGACAGAUGUGGUGGAGGUGGUUACACUUUCAUUGACUCCAGCUUUCCGAGAAGGCCAGGCGACUUGGCCCGUCUCAGUAGCCUGAUCUUCCCUCCAAAUGACCCGAACGCGCCAUGGUGUUUGAGGUUCUGGUUCCACAUGUUCGGACCUGUGGUCGGAGCCUUACGCGUCCUCCUCAGAGUCUACAAAUUGAGUACUCCAUCCCUGCGCCAGGUCUGGAGGCUGUCUGGUAGCGCAGGUAACGCCUGGUUCAUGGCCCAAGUCACGGUUUCAUCGGUGCACGACUUUCAGAUUGUUCUAGAAGCUUCAGUGGGCAACACAGGCAUGAGUGAUAUCGCAGUAGAUGACGUGAUAUUCGUGCAAGGCCCAUGUCCAGUCGCCCCACAGGUGGCAGCACCUUCGGCUGGGGACUGCACAUUUGAAGUGGACGAGUGCGGCUGGAUCAGCAAUAAGAAGACAAAGGGCCGCGACGGAAUAGAAUGGCAGAGAAUGCCUACGAGAACUCAAAACCCUCGCUUCCGGCGCAGACCUCCUGGGAUUAGGCAGGCUGGUGGCUAUGGGAACGAAUAUUACUUGAAUCUCGGACAGAAGUUUUUGCAGCCAACCGUAAGCACAGCUCAGCUGAUAUCUAUGAAGUUCUCAAGACCCGAGCAACCGCAAUGUCUCUGUUUCUGGUACUUCAUGUAUGAACCUUUCAUUGACAUAAGUGGACCGAGCCUUGGUGUACUCCGCGUCUUGCUGCAGACUGGAGAAAGUCAAACGUACCUACCCUUCUGGCAGCUCACCAACAAUCAAGGGCCCACUUGGAAUUUUGGCCAGGUUCCCAUCAGACAAAACAACAGCUACCAGGUAGUGUUCGAGGGGACGUGGGGCCCGAACAGAGCCGGAGGCGCCAUUUCUAUCGACGACAUUUCCUUCUAUGAAGGGCAAUGCAGCAUAAAGCCCCUCCACGCAACAGUUCGCUCAGGGGACUGUUCCUUUGAAAGCGGGAUCUGUGGGUGGAAAAAUGUGACGCAUUCAGACUCGAACGAGCGCCUCAUAUCUUGGCAGAUGGCUUUCGACAUGCACCGCCCCGCAGAGCUCCUCGACAGAACGUUCGGCACAUCAGACGGCUACGUCUUUUUUGACAUCUUUACAACCAAUCAACAACAGAGUACGGCCCGAAUGCUUUCCCCGGUCAUUGACGGUAUGGGCUCUGACGACCUGUGUUUCACAUUCUGGUACUUUGGUUUCGGUGCCGCUGGCUCAACACAGCUCCACGUGCUCAAGACAAGACCUGGCAGUGCAACAGGUCAGCUGAUGUGGAAGAUGACGGCGGACGGGUACGAUCCAUUGCAUCCAGCAUGGACGCCGGCCCAGUUUACUAUUGACGCCAGAUUGCCGUUUACAAUCAUGCUGGAAGGACAAGCAAGUAACGGGGGCUUUGCUGUCGACGACAUCAAAACACUCUCCGGGACCUGUGAAACUCGACCUUCACACGCUGAACCUGCUGAAUAAGAAAAGACUGAAGAUGCAUUUUCUGUUUGUGCAUUGUUUAAUUUAUUCCUAGAUGUACUGUACAUAUGCUAUGGAAAAUUGAAUAUACCUUCUUUUGUAAAAUACCAAUAAAUA